AGUUGAGUUAAGAUAAAUAGAGUGUACAUUAAAAACAGGAAAUUAAAAAAAAUGUCAUCAUAUUCAGAUUCUCCACCUCCUCCUUCUUCUAUUGCUCCCGCUCCCACUCCCACACCAGACACCACUGUUUCUCCUUCAAUACCCACAACAACAACAACAACAACAACAACAACAACGUUGUUAGCUGAAGAGAACCCCGGUACAACACUAGUACAGCAGGUGGUACCAACACUGACAUGGCCCGACAACAGCGAGCUGGAUCUAGGUUGGAUCGAGAAUCUGAUAUCGACCUUUGACUGGUCUUCCAAGAAUAUUCCUCCCUCGGAAUUCCCGUCGAUUCUUCCAGUUCAUGUCUUCGACUCUCUGAUUCUCACCGCUUCCAAGAUCCUCCACAAGGAGCCUAACUGUCUCAGAAUCGACCCGGACGACUCCAGCACUGUCGUUGUGGUCGGCGACGUUCACGGUCAAUUGCACGAUCUUAUUUUUCUCUUGAACGACGCUGGUUUUCCUUCUCAAAAUCGAUUCUUUGUGUUCAAUGGUGAUUAUGUCGAUCGAGGAGCUUGGGGCCUCGAGACUUUCCUUCUCUUGUUGGCCUGGAAGGUCUUUAUGCCACAUAGAGUAUUUCUUCUCCGUGGAAAUCAUGAAUCCAAGUAUUGCACCUCUGUUUAUGGCUUUGAGAAGGAGGUGCUGACAAAGUAUGGAGAUAAAGGUAAGCAUGUGUAUCGGAAAUGUUUGGGAUGCUUCGAAGGGCUUCCUUUGGCCACUAUUAUAGCCGGUUGUGUAUAUACCGCUCAUGGAGGGCUUUUCCGCAGCAUACCUUCAACCCCAUCAAAGAGAUCAAAAGGGAAGAAGAAGAAUCGUAGACUAUGUUUCAACUCCGAGCCCAAGUCGUUAUCUCUUGGUUCUUUGGAGGAAUUAUCUAGAGCUCGAAGGUCAGUUCUUGAUCCUCCGUGGGAAGGCGUCAAUCUGAUUCCUGGUGAUGUGCUAUGGUCAGAUCCAUCAAUGAAUUUUGGUCUUUCUCCAAAUAAAGAGAGAGGUAUUGGACUAUUGUGGGGUCCCGAUUGCACCGAAGACUUCCUAAAAAAGUUCAAUCUAAAGUUAAUCAUCAGAUCGCAUGAAGGCCCUGAUGCAAGGGAAAAGAGGUCUGGUUUUGGAGGAAUGGAUGUAGGAUAUACCAUAGAUCAUGUUGUGGAGUCAGGGAAGCUGAUUACUGUGUUUAGUGCUCCAGACUACCCGCAGUUUCAGGCAACAGAGGAAAGAUACAAAAACAAAGGAGCGUACAUUGUUCUGGAACCCCCUAAUUUUGAUAAUCCAAACUUUUACAGCUUUGAAGCAAUUACUCCAAGACCACAGGUGAAUCCCUAUUAUGACUAUGUAGAUGUGAUAGACUCUGAUGAAGAAUUGGACCUGGUAUCAAUGGUAACUACUACUCCUGACGGUUCAUAAUCACUUCCUGCAUAUGAAAUUCAUUAUUUUGAGUUGUGCAUGUAUUUUCUCCAUAAUUUUCUUGUAUUUUAACUAUUAUGCAAGAGGGAUUCUUUCCCCUGCUAACUGCGCUUUUCAAAUCUAAACUUAUGUCUUGAGCUCAGAUGAAGCAGUUUUGGUAGAAUAAGAGGGGGACAUAAAAUACUUCUCUUUCUAUUUUUUUUGGAUUAGUAAGGGAGAAAUGCAUAGUCUGAGACAUCAAUUGUCCUUA